UAACUCAGCUGAACUCACAUCUCCCAUCAACAUGUCCUACAACUGCUGCUCUGGAAACUUCUCCUCCCGCUCUUGUGGCGGCUACCUGCACCACCCAGCCUCCUCCUGUGGCUUUUCCUACCCCAGCAAUCUGGUCUACAGCACUGACCUCUGUUCUCCCAGCACCUGCCAGCUGGGUUCCUCUCUCUAUAGGGGCUGUCAGGAGACCUGCUGGGAGCCCACCAGCUGCCAGACAUCCUAUGUGGAGUCCAGCCCCUGCUAGACCUCCUGCUACCACCGCAGAACCUCCUUGCUCUGCAGUCCCUGCCAGACAACUUACUCUGGGUCUCUAGGCUUUGGAUCCAGCAGCUGCCGCUCCAUGGGUUAUGGAUCGAGGAGCUGCUACUCAGUGGGCUGUGGGUCCAGUGGCUUCAGAUCCCUGGGUUAUGGAGGCUGUGGCUUCCCUUCCCUGGGCUAUGGAUCUGGAUUCUGCCGCCCAACCUACUUGGCUUCUAGGAGCUGCCAGUCUUCUUGCUACAGACCAACUUGUGGAUCAGGCUUCUAUUAUUGAUCAUCUUGUUAAAUUGCUAAUUUUGUUGGCUAAUGCCAUCAAUGCCUCUACUCAUAACCUUUAUUGUCUUCAUCAUGUACAGAAAGAAUUAGCCUUUUAUUCUCUAAUUAUCAAGUUUUCAGUUUGUCUUUGGCCCCAAAUACUGGCUGGCAGGCUUCAUCUGAAAAACUGUAAUUGGAGUACUAGCUCAAAAUAAAUCUUGAAGCACCCAUUAAAAGUAGAAUUUGUAUUAUUCGAUGUUCUUCCACAAUUGUAUAAAAAGUCAA